UAGUGGCGUCCAGAUGCCGAGAGAACGACAGAAAUAGAAGGGGGUUGGACUAACUGACACACACUUAGUGAUCACUGUACGUCUACAUCCGGGAAACAGUGUCCACCGGGAGGGACAGUGAAACAGACAUCAGCAGAGAGACAAGAAGAUGAGUGAAGCCGCUGUGGACCCGAGCACGCUCUGCCUCUUCGAUGUUGACGGCACGCUCACGGCCGCGAGAAAGCACGUGACUCCACACAUGUCAGCGUUCCUUGAGAAGCUAAAGACUCUGGUUGGAGUCGGAGUGGUAGGAGGGUCGGACCUCAGUAAAAUCAAAGAGCAGCUUGGAGAUGAUGUGAUCCAGAAAAUGGACUACGUGUUUGCUGAGAAUGGUCUUGUGGCCUAUAAGAAUGGACAGUUGCUCUGUGUCCAGUCUAUCCAGGCACAUAUGGGAGAAGAGCUACUUCAAGAUUUCAUUAACUUCUGUCUCAACUACAUGGCCAAGAUCAAACUGCCUAAGAAGAGGGGGACAUUCAUUGAAUUCCGUAACGGCAUGUUGAACGUCUCCCCUAUUGGGCGCAGCUGUACACAGGAAGAGAGAAAGGAGUUCUACGAGCUAGAUCAGAAAGAGAAAAUCCGAGAGAAGUUUGUGUCUAUAUUAAAAGAAGAGUUCAAAGGAAAAGGAUUGUCCUUUUCCAUCGGAGGGCAGAUCAGCUUUGAUGUGUUUCCUGAUGGUUGGGAUAAGAGAUUCUGUCUGAGGUUUGUUGAGAAGGACAACUACUCCACCAUUCACUUCUUUGGGGACAAGAUCAAACCUGGAGGAAACGACUACGAGAUCUACUGCGACCCUCGGACCAUCGGCCACGAAGUGUCCAGUCCAGAGGAAACUCAACAACUUUGCCAGCAGCUUUUCUUCUCAUGAGAGAAGCAGCAGCGCUUACUGUAUGCUGCAUUGUUUUUACGAGACAGAGGUUUUAUUUGAUCUUAUCUUCAGAGGUUUGAUCACAAAAGCAAUGAAUGCAGAGGAGCCGGUGGCAGGGUGUCUUUGGUAAUGUCCUAUUGUAAAACAAUUACCAACCAAAUGUUUCCUUUUGCACAAACUAAUGCAUUUUCAAUCCUCAUGUAAUUCUGACCAAUCAUGUUUUUGAUUAUGAAAAACUAGAAAGUGUUUGAUUGUGGCCUAACUUGCUUUGAUUUGUCAUUCCAUGUACUGCAUGUCAAUACCACCUGAUUCUGAAUCUGCUUUGACUAAGUCCAGACCCCUUGUGACCCACUUGUGCCUCUGACACAUACAGAGGACUCUUUCUUCAGAUGUGAUUUUUCAGUGGAAGCUUUGAGAAAAGCCCAGCUGGUCACAUGUCACUGUUAAUGUAACAAACAGACCUGAAUGCUGCUUCUCUUUUCCCAGAGCAGUGAAACAUUGUGUCUGGAGCUCUGAUGUCUUCCUGGAUUUUAUGUUGAAGGUUCUUUGUUCAGUUAUCACUGCUCCGUUCCAUCCAAACACACUGUAACCAUAGAAAACAUUACUUGCUGUUUGCUGCCAGGUCUUCUCCUAUAUGUUACAGAACCGCACGGGCCAUCAGUAGCACAUUCUUACAUGGAAAUAUCACCAAUUAGUGAAUCAAUAUUUGUAUUAUGAUACUUCAGAGAUGUAUAGCAUUACUUGUGUGAUGUUCCUGAUACAAGCACUUGAACUUGAAUGAAGUAUCAACUUGUAUGAAGAUUCUGCUGUAAAAGAUGUGAACUGUGGGAAAUAAAAUAAAGUGUAAAUCCAUG